CUCAAAGACCCUGUUAGCCAAUAGAAAUUCUUACAAUAGAAAAAUUAUAAUGCAAAGCUGUCUUUGUUCGAUUUAAUACCUACUUUUAAUCUAAUUGAAAAAAGCUUCGACCAUCAAUCAACCUAAUUACUUCGUAAUUUCAAUUCGAAUUAUUAACGCGAUGAUCCUACUCGUGUUGCUCGUUCUACUAAAUUCAUUUCCAAAAUCUUUAUGCAAAACUCUCGCCGAUACUGUACCCUCGGAGUACUCGGAAAAUCGCAGACAAGAAAUGAAUCUGAUAAAAAACUGCGUCUAUAACAUUUCGGAAACUUACUCAGCCGGUAGAAAUAUGAUUUUCAUGGCCGAACAGUUGAAUUCGGAUUUGAGCGAGUUUCUCGUACGUGAUUUAAAUAAAGGCUUGAAGAUCAUCACGACAUCGAGUAACGUGUCUCGAAACAUGGGAUUCUUUUUCUUUUUCCAAGAUAACCGCGAGACGAGCUACGUUGAAAUAUUGGAUAAAAUUCCGCCCAAUAAUGUGAUGAGAUUUGUGGUGAUAUUCGACUAUCAAGAGAAAAUCGACCUGAGGCAGAUUCAAAAUACGUUGGAGGAGUUUUGGCUGUAUCAGAUCAUCGAUGUUAUUGCUCUGGUACCGUAUAAGAUAUCUAAAAAUAUACGAAUUUAUACGUAUUAUCCGUUUUCACCGACUAGGUGCGGAGAAACUGGUCCUCCUAUAUUGAUCAAUGUUUGGAAUUCUGCCAACAGAGCGUUCCUGAAUGGGCAUGAUUUGUUUUCGAGGAUCAAAAAGGUUUUCAAUUUAUACGGUUGCCCGUUAAGAUGCAUGGGGAUCAACAGGCCACCGGAAUCUACCAUAAUUCGAUUAGCUGAUAAUACAUGGCAAUUACAUGGAACUGGCAAUAAAGUAUUCAGGUUCAUCGAAAGGCAUUUAAAUUUCACAGCCAAAAUAGCUCUUUUUCAGAAAACUGAUACCAAAAAAGGAUACAAGGUGAAAAACAGCACACAACCGAAUUAUUCUCGUUUCGAUAUAGCUUUUGGAAAAUUCAUCCGUAUCCUAGAUGCCGAACCAAGCGCUGAAUUCAUAUCAGAAAACAGAAUGGAUUGUUUUACAUGGGCAGUGCCACAUGGUAUCGGAAGACAACCGUCCAUAUGGACGAAUUACAUAAUCGAGUUUUCACCUUAUACUUGGCUAAUGAUCCUAAUAAAUAUAAUUAUAGCAUCGGUGAUCGUACGUUGGAUGGUGCAUCGACUCCACAUCAAACACCCAGACUGGUCAACCUAUCGUUAUAUUCUUUUCUACACGUUUUCUACGUUCAUAGGUGCCACGGUGAAGUUACGAUCGAGAUCCUUCGUCUUGCGAAUAUUCGCAUCGCAAUGGCUUCUCUAUAGUUUGGUCAUCACAGCAUCUUACCAAGCUUAUCUAGGAAGUUUGAUGACUAUACCUCGAACAGAACCUGAAAUAAAUCAACAAUCGGAUCUCUUAAACACUAGUUUGAACUUGGUAGGUAGGCAAGAGAUGUUCAACGUGCUGAACGAAUCAGCUGCCAACAGUGGAGAAUUCAAAGCUAUCAUAGACAGAUUUUUCAUAUUACCACCGAUCGAUUUUGAGACUAUUGUAAAUCGUGUAAUACAUAAAAGAGAUAUAGCUGUGUUCAGUUCUAGAAGAGAGUUGAUAUAUUACGCUCAACGUCGCCGGAAUAAUAUCAACGAACGUAGAAAGAUACACGUUUUUUCAGACUGUGUCAUCAGUUCUUACUCGUCAGCGUUUAUGCUACGUAAGGGAUCUCCGUUUCAGCAUCCUAUUCAUAGUGUUCUCGCGAGGUUAUUUGAGACUGGUAUCUAUAAUUUUUGGGAUAAAGAUAACAAGAGAGAUGAAAUUUACCAUAGUAUUACGUUCGCGAAACAAACCACGUUAGCUAUACGUGAACUUUACGGAGCUUUUAUUGUUCUAUUUGGAGGCCUAUGUAUUUCAACGGUUGUAUUUAUUAUUGAAAUGUUCGUCAGGCUGAUUAAAGAGAAACAGAAAUAAAUUAUUUGAAUUUUGAA